CAGGUCCGGACCACGCCAGACGCCCUGCGCCCUGCGUCCUGCCUGGCCAGAACCGCCCUGCCUCGCCCCAGCGAGCCCUGACCCGACGCCCUGCGUGGUCGCCCUCCUUUCCCUGGCUGGACUGGAGACAGAAGCGCUGGAGCUGACCCAGGGGCUGAGCAUCCCCUGGAGAAGGUCCGGUGUGACCCUGACAAGAGGCAGAAAUGGGGAAAAAACUAGAUCUUUCCAAGCUCACUGAUGAAGAGGCCAAGCACGUCUGGGAAGUUGUUCAGCGCGACUUUGACCUUCGAAGGAAAGAAAAGGAAAGACUAGAGGGAUUGAAGGGCAAGAUUAAGAAGGAAAGCUCUAAAAGGGAGCUGCUCUCCGACACCGCGCACCUGAACGAGACCCACUGCGCCCACUGCCUGCAGCCCUACCGCCUCCUUGUGAACAGCAAAAGGCUGUGUCUGGACUGUGGCCUCUUCACCUGCAAAAGCUGCAGCCACGCCCACCCGGAGGAGCAGGGCUGGCUCUGUGACCCCUGCCACCUGGCCAGAGUGGUGAAGGUCGGCUCUCUGGAGUGGUACUAUGAGCUCGUCAGAGCCCGCUUCAAGCGCUUUGGGAGUGCCAAAGUGGUCCGGUCCCUGCACGGGCGGCUGCAGGGUGGAGGUGAGCCUGAGGCAAGCCCUGGAGAGAAAAGUGGAGACAGUGAGCAGACAGAUGAGGACGGACAGCUGGACUCAGAGGCCCAGGCCCAGCCCCUUGGCAGCAAAAAAAAGCGCCUCCUGUCCUUCCAUGCCCUGGACUUCGAGGCAGACUCGGACGACUCCACUCAGCCUCCAGGCCGCCCCCUGAGCCCAUCCUCCUUCCCCACGGCCACGGACAGCCUGCAGUCCCUCACAGAUGAGCCCGGCUUAGGGGAGGCGACCCCCCAGAUGGCUGUGGGCCUGGACAAGGCUGGCACAGUGGCCUCUGGGUGCCACUCCCACCCAGAAGAGCAGCUGGACAGUCUCUCCCCGUCCGGACAGGAUGCCCUGGCUGAGCCCUGCCUGCCUGGAGACCCUCACAGGAUGGCCCUGGGGAUUGUUGCUGCACCAGGGAUGCACAUCCCGGGGAGCGAGCGGCUGCCCCCCCAGUACCUGGCCGACGUGGACACCUCUGAUGAAGACAGCAUCCAGGCUCACAGGGCCACCUCCCUCCACUCCAAAAGGCGAGGCCAGACGUCAUCCCAGAGUCAGAGUGUGGCUGCCAGGGCUCCCGGAGAUGCCAACAUGGAAGAGGAGGCCCUAAAGAGAAAGCUGGAGGAGCUGACCAGCAACAUCAGUGACCAGGGAGCCUCCUCUGAGGAAGAGGAGGGGGAGGACAGAGAGGCAGAGCUGGACAGGGGCACCUCUACCAAUGCCCUCCCCUUGGCGGGCCUGGAGGUGUGCUCAGCUGCAGGCCAGACGUACAGACCAAAAAAGAGCCCUCAGGACCUCGGAGACCCUGUCCAGCACAACAGGACUACAGACGAGGAGCUGUCAGAGCUGGAGGACAGAGUGGCAGUGACCACCUCCGAGGUGCAGCAGGCAGAGAGCGAGGUCUCAGACAUAGAGUCCAGGAUCGCAGCCCUGCGGGCCGCUGGGCUCACCGUGAAGCCAUCGGGAAAGCCCCGGAGAAAGUCCAACCUCCCAGUACUUCUUCCUCGAGUUGCUGGGAAACUUGGCAAGAGUCCGAAGGAUCCGACCGCAGACCCCUCAAAGGAGGUCAAGGCAAUAGCUGUGUCCUCUCUUCCAAGGAGAAAGCUCACUAAUUCCCCUAAAAAUGAAGACGAUGAUUCUUUUGAUCGGAAAUCAGUGUACCGUGGCUCCCUGACACAGAGAAACCCCAACGGGAGGAAGGGGAUGGCCAACCACGUCUUUGCGAAACCCGUGAUGGCGCACCAGCACUAAUGGGGGAGGUUCAGGGCAGAGCAGCAGGGCAGCCCUGUGCCGUUUGCCCCCACCCUGGCCACCGUGUCCCUCAUUGGUUCUGCACUUCCUGCUAUACAUGGGCACCUUCCAGCGAGAAACAAGGAGCUCCCACCCCCACCUGCAAGAUGACGGCGGACCUCAAUUCUUCACCGUUCACCCAGGCUCACCAGCGACUUCCAAGGCCACCCCAUCAGACAAUGUUGGCUGAACUUUUUGAAGGACGCGGAAGACCUCCUCCACUUCCAUCUUGUCCCCCCUUCACUCUUGGCUUUCCUCUGUUGCUUUCAUGAAUGGAAUGGAGAAGAGAUGACUCACAAAGGACCAACCGUGUGUAUUCUUGACUGUGACUCUUGACUGAGUGUGGGCAGCUGUGGGGGGGGGGGGCGUGAUUGGAAAUCAGGUAUCCAGAUGGUCACUGAGCUAACAACCAGCUGAGUAAUGAGGGAGGAGUAGACACCCCUGUCCUCCACUCCACAGACACCCCUUCUGCAAGUCCCCUGCAGUCCACAAACCAGAAGUUACACUGCAGCCAAGGGAAGAGAGCUCGUGGGUAGUCACAAGUGAGCAUGUGAUCGGGGCCCAGAAGCAGAUGCAGAGGGCUUGCCGGGAGAGGGAGCUGAUGGAGCUCUGGACAGGCAGGGGGAAGGCUUGGGUCCCAGCCCAGCUCUGCCUCUUCACAACAUGGAUCUGGUGGGACAGAGGACAGAAGUCAAAGCGCUGGGGGGGAGGCAGAGAUCAGCCAGCCACUUGCCACUGGUUCCACAGAUGAUCUCUGAGCGCUCCCCCUCAGACAGCUGGGUCUCAGAGCUAUUUCUGGAUGUCUGUGUGGCUCGUCUAGUUCUAAGGGGAGCCCACAGGGAGUCUCCAGAGCUGUCUUUGAGCAUCACAGCAGUAAUCACAUCUCACCCUUACUGAGGUUCGCCUCCCACAGGGCCCAGGGGCUGCACCACCUCUGUCAGAGGCAGGGGUGUGGAAUGCUACCUCCUUCAGAAUCAAACAGGUAGCAGAAACAAGGGUCAGGUCUUGUGUCUUAACCAGGGGUUGACCAAGUUAAGGGUCUCUUGCUUUCUCUGAGUUUGAUGUCUCAAUCGAAUUAAAGCUAAGGGCUUGGCACCUGUAGCUCAGCAGCUAGGGCACCAGCCACAUAUACCAAAGCUCACGGGUUCAAACCCAGCCCGGGGCUGCCAAACAACAAUGACAACUACAACCAAAAAAUAGCCAGGCGUUGUGGUGGGUGCCUGUAGUCCCAGCUACUUGGGAGGCUGAGGCAAGAGAAUCACUUAAGCCCAAGAGUUUGAGGUUGCUAUGAGCUGUGACACUACGGCACUCUACUGAGGGUGACAUAGUGAAACUCUGUGUUAAUUAAAAAAAAAAAAAUUAAAGCUAAGGUUCAAAUCCCAAGUGCUUUGCUCGGCACCAGGAACAUCUACAUCUUCAAGAAACACAUGAGCACACAUUAACCACUGCUUUUCUGACUCCUUGUAGCAUCAAAUAAGAAGGUGGAGCCAUUUUUAUAUAAUACCCAGCAGGAAUUAUAAAUUCCAUUCUUUGAAAGGAUUCCUCGGCAUUCCUUUCCUAGCAGUUGGCUAUUCAGAGGUGUCCUCUAUGAAGCUACACAUGACAGGUCAGAGCCCACUGAGGCAGUGUGAACGGAGCAGUGCUGAAGCUGCUCUUGGUUUCCAGCCAAAGAUUGAAGAAGUCAGGGGUUUCUCUGUGACUCCAGAUGGAGAUAGAGACAGGAUUUAAAAGAUUUCUCUGAAGUCUUAUCCAAUGUGUCCAACACGUUUCAGUCCUGCCCCCACUUCACCAAGGAUUCCUGGCCUCACUGCACAUUGUUGGAGCAGAGCACAGUGUGACAGGCUAUGUCUCCCAGGUCUCAUCAGGGAUCAAGCCAGCCAUGCAUUACAGUUGCAGUGUUUGCCAUGAUUUCAUAUCAAGCCAUUGCUUCAGUAAGUUCCAAGGACUUUCACUUUCCAGCAACUCUCUCCAGAACAACCUGCUUUCCUGGGGGCCAAAUAAUCUAUCCCCAAAGGCGAGAUGGGAUUGUCCCAUGCUGGGCUUCUGAGACCCCAGCUCCUGCACUCAGCAUGUGGGUAGAACCUAGUAAUCUUUACUCACACUUUGAGUGCCUCCUAUCCCCAGAGUUAUUACAUACGAAAAAUCUGUUUACUUCAUUGGGAUAAAACAGAAAAGGUAGAUAUGCAAAAGAAAAGAGAUAAACAAAAGAAGUCACAAUUAUCUACCAACCAGCAAGCACUAUGAACCCCCUCCAGACACUCAUCACCCAAACAUGAUGGCCCAUCCCAAACGUGACCUCACAUGCGCAGCCUCUCAGGAAGGAGCUUGCCACAGAGAGAGGUGUUUUGCAUGCUUCUGCUGCCCAGAUUCCCCUGAAAACAUCCACAGCAAAAUCUUCUCAUAGGCAGCUUCACUGGUACGUGAACAAACAACUUCUCAGGUACCUCCGUGGCCAUGGAGGUAGCUCAACAGCAUCCAGGCUUAAGUCCCCAAGGAAGUGGUCAUGCUGGGGAAAGGAGUAUUUUGCUGCCUCACUGCCAAUACUUAUAACCAUCCUGAUGGUUAAUUUCACAUGUCAAUUUGUUUAUGCUGUGGGUACCUUGAUGUCUGGUGAGACACAGCUGAGAUGUUGCUGUGAGGGUAUAGUUUAAAUGUGAUUAAUAUCUGCAUCAGUCAACUGCAAGUAGAGUGGUGACCUGCUGUGAGGUGGGUGGGCCUUACCCAAUCAGAAGAAGGGGUUCUGCCCCCAGAAGCCUCCAGACACCAGCUGCAGCAUCAACUCUGCCAUGCCUCCCUGCAGGACUCAGGCUCGCCAACCCCCACCAUCUCAUAAGCCAAUUUCUGAGCAUAAGUCUCUCUGUAUCCUCUCUCUGUGUGCUCACACGCGUGCACACACACAUACGCACACACCCUAUUGAUUCUGUUUCUCAACACACACUGCCUAUAAAAGAGCCUUGUGUGGUGUCUUGCAUGGCACUGUGUUUGAAGCUUGGAAACUGGUGACAUGGGAGCCACAUGAGAGGGUUGGGGACACCAUUUCCUUUGAGCACAAAUUCAAUGACAAGUCCCAGGGCCACAGCCUCUUGGGGCAGGAAGAGACUGUUCUGCUCUCUCUAAGACCUCAGUUUCCAGAUGACUCAUCCUUCAAAAACCACUUCGUAAUUUACCAAGGUGCAGGCUUUUUUUAAUUUGUCGCUAAUUUGAGAAGCCAUCUGAGUCAGCAACAGCUUUGCAGCUAAUGGCAUGUCCUCCUGACUCAGGUGGCUUCCUAGCCCCAGGUCCCCUCUUCCCUGUCAGGUAGCGCAGCGUCUUUCUGGGAGUCCGGAAGAAUCCUGUGUUCGGGAAACACAUUGGGAUGUGAGGGCUAUCUGGCUGCGACAUCUGUCACCCCAUUGAUCACGAGGGUUGAUUCGGCUGAUCUGGCUGGCUGGGCGGGUGUCCCCUGCCUCCCUCACUGCUCCAUGUGCGUCCCUCCCGAAGCUGCGUGCUCGGUUGAAGAGGAUGACCUUCCUCAAUAGAGGAGGACCGUCCUUCGGUCAAGGGUAUCCGAGUAGCUGCGCUCCCCUGCUAGAACCUCCAAACAAGCUCUCAGGAAGCACACCAGCCAGAGCCAGGGCUCCAGCUUCUUCCAGGAACAAGGACAUCAGUUUACUCACACACAGAUUUCUGGAGCCCCAGAUUAGUUCCCUGGGGCUGCUGUAAUGAAGUACCACAAGCUGGGUGGAUACAACAGAAAUCUACUCUCUCCUAGUUCUAGAGGCUGCACGUCCAAAGUCAGGUGUGAGCAGAGCUGUUCCAUCUGAGGGCUCUGAGGGCAGGAGGCCUUCACCUCCUCCAGCUGUUGGGGGCCAUCCUGGGAGUCCCCGGCUUGCAUCACUCCAAUCUCUGCCUCCAUCUUCACGAGGCCUUUGCUUUGCUCGUGUAGAGAAGAAAAUACAAUCUCUUUCCCUCACAGCUUCUCCUGAAAACAAAAGCCAGACUGACAAGAGAAAAAGCAGCAGAGGUUUCUUUACCCAAGUCGUACCCGUCGCAGGGAGAGGCCUCGGAGCCCUGGCGUAGGGGCCUGGCUUACAAACCAUUUCAACCAAGGGCCAUACAUCCUAUGUGGUGACAAGAAAAAGAAAAGGCCAUUCUGGGCUUCCAAAAGCUGGAAAAUGUGGAAAGGUGAAUUUAUGGGAAGAGUAAAGUCUGCUCAGGGAUGCUCUGGCGGCUGCCUGUGAGUAGAGUGUUCUGGGCGUUUUCACCUUCUUCAGCUCAAUGCCUCGUGUCGCAGAGAGGAAUAUUUUGGCUUCCUUCAUAUGUCUCUGCAUGUCUGUCCUCCUCUUAAAAAGACACCAGUCAUUGGACUCAGGGGCCACCUUAAUCCAGUAUCACCACAUCGUAACUGGCCACACGCAGAGACCCUGCUUCCACACCAGGUCACAUUCUGAGGCUCUAGAUGGAAUCUAUUCCACCCACUAAAAACCAACCCCAAUGCAACAAAGCCGUAGCCGUCCACCUUGGUACGGCUGCUGUUUACCGGGCACCUGCUGUGUGCUGCAAAGUUGUUGUGCUAAGGGUGGAAGCCCAAAGCCCUAAACUGGGACCUGCCCCCUAAAGAGUAGGAUCCUUCCCCACUCACAUGAGGGUUUCUCAGGGGCAUCUCUUCUACUGGGGCUCCUUCCAUCCAGAAGCAGAAACCCACUCACACCAGCCUGAGGGAAACCCAGCGAUCCAGGCUCUGAGGCGGUGCCCCCCCACCGCCUCUCCCACCCUCGUUUUCCCUAUGACUGUGACUGCCCCUCGGAUCUUUUAGCCGUGGCCCCUCCCAGAAGCCUUUCUGCCCCAACUCUCGGGGACUGUUCUCUGCCAGUGGCCAUAGCUCAUUGUUCCAGACACCCCAGAGACCAAGAGCAGGGCCCUGUGCAUCCUAGGUGCUGGCCAGCCUAGAGGUGGCCAUGCCUGGAUGAGCAGGGGAACGGGUCACUUUGUCCCAUUAUAUGGCCCAGUGAUCCCACAUGGUUCUCUGGUUCUCCCAUUUUACACAGCAGGUUUCACUCCACAGGGCAUGAGGGUGUCACUCCGUAACACACACACUGCGGGGAAGGGGCCAUCAAACCUCAGACACCCCCUUAGCGUAAGCAUGGCUAUUUUAGUGAGGGACCAUUUAGAGGAAUUGGGCCCAGAAGUCAAAUGAACUGAGACAAAGGUCAAAUCACACAACA